AUGAAAUACAUAUACGAAGCCCUACUGUGUUCCCUGCUCUCCUUGGGAAUCCUUGGGAUUUCAUUGGGAGAAAAUAACCACAGAAAUGUGGUAUCUAGAGAGGAGUUUGAAGAUCUGAAGAGGCUAGUUCAAAUUUUAUAUGAAAAGGUUGAAGUCCAACAGAAAGAAAUAAAUGAUCUAAAACGCGAUGUUAAGGAAAAGGAUGAACUUAUUGAAAAGAUCGCAACCCUCUCAAUAGAACAACUGGUGAAUAGAGAUAUAAGGAGUGUUCGGGAACCCAGCGUGGUAAAGAAGAACGGUCUUGAAGAACAUUCAUCCGUCGAUAUUAACAGAAAAUAUAGUAGAAUAGUCCCAGCCCCUACAGAAUCUGUAGUUGCCUUCUACGCCUACAUGUCAGGAAACGAAAAUAGUCCGAGCGUCCAUCAUACACUAAUAUAUGAUCAUGAAGUGACCAAUAUUGGACACGGAUACAGCAAACAUUCCGGAAUCUUCACUGCCCCUGUGGAUGGAGUGUAUGUGUUUGCAUGGAACACAUUCACAGUAACUUCCGGUCAGUAUAUGUCUAUUGAAAUCACUCUCAACAGCCAACCAGUCGGAGCAACGUUUCCUGAAGGUGGAGGAGAUUACGCAGGAGUAACAGGAAUAGUUGUACUGUCGGUUCAAAGGAAUGACGUCAUAUAUACACGCACUCAUACAACUUACGUUCCAGUCGGCUCUAUCAGAAGCGAUAAUUUGAUGAGGUCGACUUUUUCAGGAUGGUGCUUGUCUUGCCAUUAA